AUGACCGGACGGGACGCGCAUUCGGACGGGCGCACCGGCAGUAGGGCACUGGUGCCGGGCGGUUCCUCUACGGGAUCGCGCUCCCGGGGUUUCGCCAUCACGGACCUGUUGGGCUUGGAGGCCGACCUGCCGGCACCCGCCGGCCCCGGGCCAGGAUCAGGCUGCGAAGGCCCAGCGACAACCCCGUGCCCGGGCCCCGGGAUCGGUGGCUCCUGCUUAGCGCGCGGGGCUCUCCCACUGGGGCUGGGCCUCCUCUGCGGCUUCAGUGCGCAGCCACCCGCUGCUGCUCGGGCGCCCUGCCUGCUCCUAGCUGACAUGCCGUUCCUGCCACCCGGGGGACCUGAGUCUGCUGCCCCGCAAGUCCCUGGCCGCCCACCGCCUGCGCUCAGCCGCCAGAAGCGCAGUGAGAGUGUCUCGACGUCCGAUGAGGAAAGUCCCUCUGAAGACAGGAGUGACCUGAAGGCAUCUCCCACUCCAGGAAAGAGGAAGAAGCGGCGGCACAGGACAGUUUUCACGGCUCACCAGCUGGAAGAGCUGGAGAAGGCAUUCAGUGAGGCCCACUACCCUGAUGUGUAUGCUCGGGAAAUGCUGGCUGUAAAAACUGAACUCCCUGAAGACCGAAUUCAGGUCUGGUUUCAAAACCGGAGGGCCAAGUGGCGCAAGCGAGAGAAGCGCUGGGGCGGCAGCAGCGUGAUGGCUGAGUAUGGUCUGUACGGCGCGAUGGUGAGACACUGCAUCCCGCUGCCGGACUCAGUGCUCAACUCCACGGACGGUGGCCUGCGGGGCUCCUGUGCGCCCUGGCUCCUGGGAAUGCAUAAAAAAUCCACAGGAAUAAUAAGGAAACCAGAAAGUGAAGACAAGUUGCAAGGACUCUGGGGUUCUGACCACCUCAAGGAAGGUUCUAGUGAUAGUCAGGCAGGACCCCAGAGAGGCUCGGACAAAGCCAGCCCUGAGAAUGUCUUGGAAGAUGUGGCCAUCGAUCUCUCCAGCUCUGCCAGGCAGGAGACCAAGAAAACACACCAGGGGGCCAGUACUCAAGGAUGCUCUGACUCCACUGGGCUGGAGGGGCUCCAGCCAGGGAAGGUGGGAGACUUAUGA